UUAAUGGGGUUUUAAUGUUUAAAAUUUAGCUGAUAAUCUAAAACUCCCAAAGAUUAUGGCUUAAAAAUAAUUUAAGUUGUUGUUUUCCUACCAAAAUUAUACUUAGUAAGCCUAUGCAGCUAAUUUCACUUUGCAAUAAACUGCUCUAAAACCGUACAAAAAUUAUAGAAAUAUAGAAAAAAAAUUAUUUAGACUACGUGUAUUUUAUUAUCGAAAUUGCCUGUUUAUGGAGAGGUCACAGUUUUCCAUUCCAAUAAAUCCAAAUGCAAAAUAUCUCCCCAAUUCAAUCUCGAAUGUUUUGUAUAGCAUUCAGAAAUUUGAUCAAAGCACUCUUGCUUGGCCGACCUACCAACGAAAAAAGGACGUCUGUAAGGGAAAAAAGGUUCGAUCGCCUCCGGAAGUUCCUCUAGCCGGAACUGCAUCCUGUAUGAUCCCAAAAAAAAAAUGCUGUGCGUUAAGUUGUAACUCAAAGGCAGCGAAGAAUAAUACCUUCUAUCAAAUUCUUCAAGCCAGUCAAGAUCAGCCGCAUUUUGAAGAUAGUUCCAGAUGUAAAUAUAAAAGUAAUGAAGCCCAAUUUAAACGUGAUUCCAAAAACGACAGCAUUUACAAUGACAUAUACGAUAUAGUAAAGACGCACGUUAAUAAAAAAAGGCAACCCCAAUAUGAAAAGUCCCCAGAUCGACAGAUUUCACCUACUAAGCAACCUCCUUUGUUGGAAGUCUAUAAAAUUCGUCCGGUCCCAACGGAAAGCAGGGAGAUAAGAAGCAAACAUCUCAAGUCAAAUGAUAGAUCAGCACCAAAAUCAUCUAAAGUCAAUUAUCCAAUAAUAUAUAUCAAUAAACUUCGAGAAAGAACCAAUGAGCUUUCGACUUCCAAAGGCCGUCAGUCUAAACCGAAGUCAUCUAUAUCCAAAUCAUCCAAGAAAGAGUUCUUCGAAUUUCCAACAAGAGGCAACAAGCAAAAAGAAAAUGUAAAAGAAGAAACCUAUAGGUCAACGCAUCCUUUUGAUGAUAUAUUUCAAGCCCGAAAGAGAAUCGCACAGACAAGAUCCUAAUAAAGAUGCCCAACAGGUUCGAGAGUUAAGGUCAAACCAGCUUACUUACAAAC